CAACAGUGGCAAGAGGCCAUGACAGUUUCGAAUGAAGGAUGUUCAUUGGAUUUACCAGACUGUCGGCAGCAGUUCGUGCGAGUUUUACUACGGUUCGUGAUCGUUACGCUUGCUUACGUUUUUCAAGAAAUCCUGAACAAUGAGUGACCCAAAGGGAGGAGAAGAUUUGGCUACAGCAAUUCUUCGCAAGAAGGACAGGCCAAACAGGCUCUUGGUGGAGGAAGCUACAAAUGAUGACAACUCAGUGGUUGCUCUUUCGCAAGCAAAAAUGGAUGAAUUACAAUUAUUCCGUGGAGAUACGGUUCUAUUGAAAGGAAAACGACGCAAGGAGACCGUCUGUAUUGUUCUCUCUGAUGAUCAAUGUCCAGAUGAAAAGAUUCGUAUGAAUCGUGUUGUAAGAAAUAACUUACGUGUUCGUCUUAGCGAUGUAGUUUCUGUUCAAGCUUGUCCUGACGUUAAAUACGGAAAGCGCAUUCACGUAUUGCCGUUGGAUGAUACAGUCGAGGGUCUUACUGGAAAUUUGUUUGAAGUAUUUUUGAAGCCAUACUUCUUAGAAGCAUAUCGUCCCAUUCACAAAGAUGAUAACUUUAUUGUGCGAGGUGGAAUGAGAGCAGUGGAAUUCAAAGUAGUAGAAACUGAUCCAGGUCCAUAUUGUAUUGUGGCUCCUGACACUGUGAUUCACUGCGAAGGUGAUCCUAUCAAGAGAGAGGAGGAACAAGAAGCUUUAAAUGCAGUCGGUUACGAUGACAUAGGUGGUGUGCGCAAACAGUUGGCUCAAAUUAAAGAAAUGGUAGAAUUACCAUUACGGCAUCCAUCGCUCUUUAAAGCCAUUGGAGUAAAGCCACCACGUGGAAUUCUUUUGUACGGACCGCCAGGAACCGGAAAGACACUAAUCGCUCGCGCAGUUGCAAACGAGACAGGAGCUUUCUUCUUCCUUAUAAAUGGACCUGAGAUAAUGAGCAAACUUGCCGGAGAAUCAGAGAGCAAUUUGCGAAAGGCUUUCGAAGAGGCUGAGAAGAAUUCACCGGCUAUUAUUUUCAUCGAUGAAUUGGACGCUAUUGCGCCAAAGCGAGAAAAGACACAUGGAGAGGUCGAAAGACGUAUUGUGUCACAACUUCUCACUUUAAUGGAUGGAAUGAAGCAGAGUGCUCAUGUUAUUGUAAUGGCAGCCACUAAUAGACCAAAUAGUAUCGAUGGAGCACUACGUCGUUUUGGUCGUUUUGAUAGAGAAAUCGAUAUUGGCAUUCCGGAUGCAACUGGCCGUUUGGAGAUUCUUCGUAUCCAUACAAAAAAUAUGAAGCUUGCCGAUGACGUUGAGUUAGAAGAAAUAGCUGCUGAAACUCAUGGCCAUGUUGGUGCGGAUUUAGCUUCACUCUGCUCAGAGGCUGCUCUCCAACAGAUUCGAGAGAAAAUGGAUCUUAUCGACUUGGAAGAUGAUCAGAUAGAUGCUGAAGUUUUGUCUUCUCUUGCUGUAACAAUGGAGAACUUCAAAUACGCCAUGAGUAAGAGCAGUCCUAGUGCUCUGCGUGAAACUAUCGUGGAAGUACCGACCGUUACUUGGGACGACAUCGGUGGUCUACAAAACGUCAAAAUGGAGCUGCAAGAGUUAGUUCAGUAUCCUGUCGAGCAUCCAGAUAAGUUCUUGAAGUUUGGUAUGCAACCAUCACGGGGUGUACUCUUCUACGGUCCACCUGGUUGCGGUAAGACCCUCUUAGCCAAGGCCAUAGCCAACGAGUGUCAAGCCAACUUUAUAUCCGUUAAGGGUCCAGAACUUUUGACUAUGUGGUUCGGCGAAUCUGAAGCUAACGUGAGGGAUGUGUUCGACAAGGCUAGAUCAGCAGCACCCUGCGUGCUCUUCUUUGACGAGCUCGACUCUAUCGCUAAAUCACGUGGUGGUACCGUCGGUGAUGCUGGCGGAGCUGCUGAUCGUGUUAUUAAUCAGAUCCUAACCGAGAUGGACGGAAUGGGUGCCAAGAAGAAUGUGUUCAUUAUCGGUGCUACAAAUCGACCCGAUAUCAUAGACCCUGCUAUUCUCCGACCCGGUCGAUUGGACCAGUUAAUUUACAUCCCAUUGCCAGACGAGAAAUCUCGCGAAGCUAUCUUCAGGGCUAAUUUACGCAAGUCUCCAGUAGCUAAGGAUGUGGAUUUGACUUAUAUCGCCAAAGUGACGCACGGCUUCUCGGGUGCUGACUUGACAGAAAUUUGUCAACGUGCCUGUAAAUUAGCUAUCAGGCAGUGCAUCGAAACUGAAAUUCGCAGGGAAAAGGAGCGUGCGGCUAACCCAAGUGUAUCUAUGGAUAUGGACGAGGACGAUCCGGUGCCUGAGAUUACGCGGGCGCAUUUCGAGGAGGCGAUGAGGUUCGCUCGUCGUUCUGUAUCCGACAAUGAUAUUCGCAAAUACGAAAUGUUCGCUCAAACUCUUCAACAAUCUCGAGGGUUUGGUACCAACUUCAGAUUCCCACAGAGCGGUACGGGUGGCCCACAAGACACAACGCAAGGUGAUCAGCCCUUCCAAGAUGACGGCGACGAUGAUCUCUAUAGCUAAGUCUUCGUUUCUCUGUAUCUCAUUUCAGUGAGCACACAACAAAAGGGCCUGUCUGUUACCGUACAUAUUUUACAUGCAACCAUAAUUUUUUAUGGUCCACCAUUAAUGUCCAAAUAAACAAAUUGCAUAACGAACUUUUUAUAUUGCGCAGAGGGAACUAAGGUCGAUCCUGACUAUAUCAUUAACGCGAUACAAAGGAUGAAAGCCAUGUUUCUUCAAAUCAUGCGCCAAACCAUCAUUUACCUAAUUGCAUUGUACCUUUCAUCAUUAACAAUGAUAAAUAUCUAUCGUUGCUAUGUACCCUUUUUUUUUUUAAAUAGACAAUCUAGAACCACCGUCAAAAUAUCAUCUCAUAAAUUUCAUAAACGCGCGUUAUAGGAAUUUAAUUUCCUGCGGCAACGCUCUAUAAUUGAAUGUUGUGACAUGUUUUAUGAUGAAUACUGAUAAAGACGAUAGACCCUUUUGAUAAAUUGCCACUGUUAUAUUAUAUACCCCAUGAGACAUUGGAGCUCAUGGAGAAUUUACGGGAGUGUAGCCCCGCUAGGAUCAUUCAUAACGCACGUGGCUAAGCUAUAUACGAGGAUUAGAAUUUGAGAAUUCAAAUUUUUAAAAAAUUUAACAUUCAAUUUUCUCAUUGUGGUAUGACAAUCCUGGGUCUUAAUAUUGACUGAGCCGAUGCACAUCGUUCAAGGAUAACCACAGCAGAGACACAAACUAAUGAAAAACAGAAUCAAAUAAUUCCUCGAAUAGAGUUCAGCCAGGAUAUAAUAAUUCCGUUAAUUUCGUUUGCGAAAAUGUGAAAUUUUUUUCCAAUGAAAUAUGAAUAAUAAAAUAAUGAAAAAUCGUGCA